AUGGCUCUCCCCAGCUUGAUACGAGCCGCUCCUCGAUCGCGCUGUUUUAUCCCUCAUUUCGACACACGGCUCUUUUCAACAUUCGCGGCGUUGAACGUCAAGCAAAUGCCCGCACGGCCUACUAUUGAUGAAUCGGAGAUCACAGGUAGCUACCUGAAAGGAUCCGGUCCAGGUGGCCAAAAGAUCAACAAAACCUCCUCCGCCGUGCAACUCAUCCAUCUCCCCACCAACACCGUCGUCAAAUCCCAAGCCACCCGCUCCCGCUCCCAAAACCGUAAAAUCGCCCUCCAGAUCCUUGCCGAGAAGGUCGAACUACUACAGAAAGGCGGCCAGAGCCGCGCCGCAAUCGUAGCUCAGACGAAGCAGAAAAGAAAGGCGAGCAAGACGAAAAAGAGCAAGAGAAAGUACCGGGCGUUGGAGGAGGAAAAGAGAAGGCGGUCAGAGGACGCGGAGCAGGCUGGGGAAGAAGUGAGUGAGGGAAAGGAGUAG